UCAGUGUGCUCUACGUCAUUUUCAUGCGUCCUCUAACCACAUCAACACAGCUCUCAUGCCUGCUCUAAAUACAUUAUUAUGAUUCAUAUUCAACCUCAUUGAGUACAGUUAUAUCAUAUAAUUGACGGCGGAGUAUAGACAUGUGAUACUGUAAUACGUAUGAUUUAUUAAGUUAAUGCUACAGUGAUGGAUAAUGAUGAAGAUCUGGAGACUCUGGGAGAGAAACUGUAUGAUCUGAUAUAUCCUAAAUACACUGAGAUGACAGCUAAACUUACAGGCAUGCUGCUGGAGUUACCUAUUUCUGUUGCAUCUCAGAUGUUGUAUGAUGAAGCUCUGCUGAAUAAAGCACUGGAAAGAGCACUGACCGCUCUCACGUCAUUGGACAUCAGUGAACCUGUGUCUCACACUGAUGAUGCGGCGUCUGUGUCCUCCGACUCUCUGGGUGAACAGCUGUUUGACCUCAUUGACCUCUACAACACUGGACACACACAGAAAAUAACAGGCAUGUUAUUGGAGCAGAAGAAGGGGGCGGUGCUUCAGCUGCUGUCGGAUCAUUCGCUUCUUGAGGAACAAGUCAAGAUCGCCUUAAAAACCUUGCAGGAGCAGGGUGACGAAGCGAAAGAUGUGAGUGACAGCUUUGAUCCAGGGGAAGUGGAAUCCAUUGGUGAGACGCUUUUCAAUAUUGUGCGUCAGUUAGACCCCACCCACUGCGCUGACAUCACUGGGAUGCUGCUGGAAAUGGAUUCUGAAACACUGAAACAGAUUCUGUCUGACCGGAGCAUGUUGAAAAUCGCAGUUCACAGAGCAAAAAGUGCACUGGAGGGCGCUUUGAAGCCAACACAUACAGAAAUGUCAGAAUGAGGCUUGGAAUCUCUGCAGACCACGUGACCGCAAGAAACGUGGGACUUUGAGGUCUAGAUUGCUGUAUUUUUUACUUUUAUACAAGACAUUGUUUACAUGGAUUUUUGCCACUUUUUUUAAAUAUGUAAAGUGGAGAGAAAGGGGAAACUGUGUCAGAAUACAUCACCGGCUGGAUUCAAACCUCCUUCACCUGCAUGAGCACCUCAGCUAAAAGCAUCUAGAGCAUAUGCAUUAACCACUAGGUCAUGGCUUUGACAUUCCAGAGCUAUCCACACAUUUUUACGAGCAUGUUUGCAAUCUUUUCAUGAUUUGUGCCAUAAUCCGCCAUCAUUAAUUUUUUUCCAUAGUUUAGUUCAGAAUAAUAUAUUUGUCUGUAAAUAAUAAAAUUUUGAAAAGCUUCACUUUCUAGUUUUGUUUGAGAUUCAUGUAUAUUCAUAAAGUGUAACAUGAAGCCAUGGCGAUAUUAAAGCAAAGAUGAAUUGGUUUUAAGCACAUUUUCAAUUAAAAUUGUUUAUAUAUUCAGCAAACAUGCAUUAAAUUGA